UAUGCCAUUUUAAAAGUCAGUAGAGUGCUAGUGUAUAAAGCAAGUUUUCAAGGUUUCUAAACAAUUUCCAAGCUCCAUACAAAAUGACGAAAAGCUGUAUUUGUCCUUUUGCAAAUACUUCACGCGUCUCUCCAUUGCGCAGGAGCAGGACAUUUGUCAGAUGAAAAAUCAAUAAAGCUUUUUCUUCAUAUCAAAAAGUGUAGAGCCAAAAGUACGUGCUGAGUAACUGAAUGCUUAUUGCUUACAGCCGUCUAAAAUAAUUUAAUUGCAAUAUUCUAGCCUAGUCACCCAAUCAAUGGCAGUAGCAUGAAUCCAGUGCCAAAUCGUGAAUACAUAGAAGUAUGCGCUGCCGCCAUACACCAUCAUCAGCAGCAUCAGUAUCCACAGCAUCAGCAUCAGCACCAGCACCAUCAGCACCAUCAACAACAUCAGCAAGUUGCACUCACCACCCUACUUAAUCCUGCACCACCACCACCACCACCGCCUGCACAACUCGCACACCCGCACGAGCUUCAGCCGCCAUUACACGAGCAUCAACCACAUUGCAAGCAGCAAUGUUUUGUCUUCACAGAGAUCGCGGACAUUGAACUACCGCCUGAGAUUACGAAACUUGGCAGUGAGAAAUUAAAGAAUGGCGCUAUAGCUGCCGCCUCUUAUAAAAUGAGCGCGUGCAGCGAUGCGGGCAGUGAGCCAAGCCGAUCGACGCGUAGUCGCCGACUGAUAGUUGUGCUCGGUAUAAUGCUGGUGUGCAUAGCCAUGGCAGGUGGCAUUCCAUUGGCGCUGCAGUUGCGUUCUUCCUCAUUGUUGGAGGCGCGGCUUGCCUUUAUACGCCGCUUGCUGGCCGAAUCGCCGCUAAUUGAAGGCUCCUCUUGGCAGCCACCGAUGCGUGAUGUUGUCAACCGCAGCAGUAGUAUGCUAAGCGAGGUGCGUCGCAAUCAUGUAGGCGCAGUAUUCUGGCCAAUUUCAGUGCCGUGUGGUGCGCAGUAUUUGGAUGCAGUGCAGUUGGCGCUGGAGGGCAUCGAUGAGGCACGUCGAAUUACAGCAAAUACGGAUGCCCUGCACAUUGUGCUUUCCGCAGACGAAAUGGAACAGACGCAUAUCCGAGGUGAAAUAGCCGUAAUGUUGGGUCUUGGUGGUGGCCAUACGUUGGGCGCCAGUCUGGCAGUACUGCGUUCAAUGUAUUUGCUGGGCACACGCUUUGUAUCGAUUACGAGCUUGGAGUGUACAACACCCUGGGCAGCUGCCUGCAUACGCAGUCACGACUACUUAUUCGAGGAAAACGCAACACACUCCAUCAAUGAGUUUGGAAAGACGGUACUUUACGAGAUGAACAGAUUGGGCAUGCUUAUUGAGAUUUCACAAUUGUCAGAGGCGGCUAUGGUGACCGCAUUGCACACCGCCAAAGCACCCGUUUUGCUUUUAAACGCUGUACCGAUUUCGGUUUGCAAUAGUUCAAGCGUAGCCUCCAUACCCGAUCGUGUCCUAAGCUUGCUGUCGGAUAAUGGUGGCGUUAUUAUGCUGAAUUUGGAACGGUGUGAUGAACGUCGCUUCUCUGUACGCGAAGCUAUCAAUGCCAUUAAUUAUGUACGCAAGGUAGCCGGCGUUGAUCAUAUUGGACUGGGUGGUGCGCCCAAGAGUUAUGCUUUUCUUCUCGCUGAGUUGGCACGCGAUCGUGUUUGGGGCAAUGCCGCCAUCAAAAAGUUGAUAGGUGGCAAUGUUGUUCGCAUUCUGCGUGAAGUGGAGACACUGAAGAAUCGCUUGCCCUUAUACGAGGAGUGGAUACCGCGUGAAUUGGUGGAGAGUACUUCAUAUUGCCGCUACCCUGAGACAUAAGUUAAGCUCUUUUUGAGAUGAUGUUAAAAAAAAAUAGCUAGUAUUUUUGAUGGAGUUUUUUUUUUGUUGGCAUAUGCACAUAGUAUACAGUUAAUUCCACCCACCCAAACCCCACUACGUUUACCAACGGUAUAAAUACAUAUAUAUUUGAAAACAAAUAAAUGCAAAAACAUGCAAAGAUACGCUCAUAAUGACUCCACAGCUACAUAAAUACCUACUACAUACAAAUGUACAUCGCUACCUGAGAGUGACACACUUGUGUGUGCACUCUCACGCUGGUAUUAAAUACUUAAAUAUGUACGUGUACGUGUGCUUAUUGCUCCUUUGCCCCCUAUGUUGGAAAACUAAAAAUAUUGUGUUAAGUAUAUUAUUUAAUGAAAUAUAUUAAAAUAAACGAAAGUAAAAAUAAAAAAAUUAACAACA